GAAGCAGUCUCUGUAGUUGGGUGCAAUUAGUUAAACUAUGCUAAACUGCUAACAAUCUUAAUUCAUUUCUUUUAAGCUUGUGCAACAUUUAUGUAACAGGAGACUCAGGUGUGGCAACUGGGUGUACUCCCUGCUCUGACUCUUUGCCCUACUUACAGAAAUGCUGUAGUAGCUGAACAGGAAUAAGGAUGGGCUGUGAGAAAUUAGUGAUAAGAAAAUAUAAACAAACAAAGGAAAUGAAGACAGUUUGCCUGUAAAUGUUUUCUUUAUGGCUUUAAAAGGCAGAGAACUUUGAGUCCUGGAGAUGAACAGAACAGGAGUUAAUGCAGUGACAUUCUUUCAAUUUGGAAAACUUUGUUCAGUAUGAACACAAGCUAAAGGAACCCCAGGGCAAAUUCUGCUUCUCAUUUGCCCACACAAGAAGAUUUUCCUUGGCAUUUGAUACAGAGCUACAACCAGCCAUCACUGCAACUGGUCUCCAAGUAAGAUAAAUUAUGAAGCUGUCCAUUCUUGGUGCAACAGGUCAGUCUGGUCAGUAUCUGGUCUUGCAGGCACUUGAGGAAGGCCAUGAAGUGACAGCACUUGUUCGGAACAUCACUAAUCUGACUAUUCAACAUAAAAAUCUGAAGGUGGUGGAAACAAACAUCUUUUCGGCAGAACAGUUGUCAGAACAUUUGCAAGGCCAAGAUGCUGUAAUUUCCUGCUUAGGCUUCCCUUACAAGAUCUUCUCAGCCAUUUCAGGAUAUGCUGAUUCUAUGAGAGCUAUUGUGGCUGCCAUGAGGCAAUCUGAUGUGAGCCGUAUAAUAGCCAUGAUAUCAUGGUACACUUCCCCUGAAUCAGGCCAGAAUGCUCCAGCUCUAGUGUGUUUUUUCCUCCUGCCACUCAUUAGAAGUGUGCUUACUAACAUGUACCAGAUGGAGAACUAUUUAGAGAAGGAAUGUGCUGACCCCAACUGGACUGUAGUGAGGCCACCAGGGCUAAAAAACAUCCCAGCCACAGAUAAAGAACUCCUGACUCAUGAAGGGUAUUUUGUUCCUGAUCCCAGUGGGUAUCCAGUGACCAACUCAGUGGCAAGAGGGGAUGUAGCUUGUUUCAUGUUGUGUCUGCUUAACAGUAAUGAAUGGAUUAAAAAAGGAGUGGCAAUGUGCACAAAAUAGAAGUGGCAUUCCCUCUGGGUAGGACAACAUUAGCCCCAGUCCUGUAAAUGAGAAAGCAUCAGCACAGACCUUCAAACACUCAUGGCAUGCAUAUGAACUAAAUUACGUCCAAAUGCCCAGAUCCCCAAAAUGACUUACAUAGCUGAAGUGUGAGGUAGGUGGGAUUUAGUUAAGUCUAAGAGAGCAACUUUUAAACCCCACACCUAACCUCUUAGAUGCCUGAAAGUCUAUAUUCACUCAAGUUUGCAUGGUGAAGUGACCUAAGUACCUAGAGCUCAGCAUACACAGAAAGGAUGCCAUUUUAGCAGCGUUGAACAACUUAUUGCAUAUCUCAGGGUUAAUCUUGUUCAGGAUCCUCAAACAAGGUGUUCCCCUAUUCAAGUCUGCUGAAGGGCCCAAGUCAGUAGACAUGCUUAGAGCAUGCCUAACACCCACAGAAAGUUCAGCUCAACAUACAGCAGCUAUAGCACCCUGAUUUUAAGGGACAGUUAAAAAGACAAUUAAGAGCUCAAGACUUGUCCCUCCUAAAUGAGUAACCUAACCAAAAUAUCAGCCUAGGGAUAAGAAUUGUCAUUCACAACUAACAACUGCCUGUCACCAGGGCUGACUUGUUUGGUCAUGCUAGGCCUGAACAAGUCAGAGUAAACACACACAGUCUCUUUCUCUCUGCAGAUUUCUUAUGCAUCUCUGUCUGGUUUCCUGACCACCUUCUUCUUACACACUGGCUCUUUUCUCUCUGUUUAAUCAACUUUCAUUCCCUCUACAAGUUCUUUGAUUACUACCACCCAAAUCUCCAGCCAGUCCCAAUGCAGGCAAACCAACCCUUAUCAUCUCCAAACACACAUUUAAGUUCUUGCCACAGGUGUAGCCCUAGGGUCAGAAGGCACUCCUAACCCGUGAUAAAUUUUCUGCUCCUCUUCAAAGGAGCCAAUUUUCUCAGCUUUUGGCACUGACAGUAUUCACUAUUUUCAGUGCAGUAAGCUUUUCCCAGCACCUGCUUAAUGUUUGAAAAGGAUCCAACCCUUAAAAGUAGUAUCUGCUACUCGUUAAAAAAAACAACAACCAAAGAACAAAAAAACUACACAACUUUUUUACUAGCUACUUCAUGUAAUUGUACAUUUGUACCUUGUGGCAGAAAUGCUACCACAAAACAAAACUUACCUCCAGCACCGGGACAGGGAGAAAAGUGGCAACUGCAGACUGCCACCAAAGAUCAAAGACGCCAUGGCAGCAACAUCGCUGACAGCAAACAAGCUGAGCCUCUGCACGAGUGAGGAAAAAAGCGGCGACAGCAGUCUGCCACUGGGGAUCAGGCACCUUCCCCACAACUGAUGUGGGUACAUUUUGUAGCUGCGUGCUGAUACCAGUUUAUCAGCUGGCCCUCAGAGCAGGGGAUAAAAACCCCACUGACCCACAUUCAGGGAGGACUGAAAGUGUGUCCUCCGGAGAGCCCAGGGGAACCUGAGAUAGAUGAAUCCACCAGCAGGUGCGAGUGGUGACAACCGCAAGAAGUGGGAUGCCCUACUAAGGCUGGCUCAGAGGAGCCAGAGUAUAUACCUCUCUCAAGACUGUGGACAAUGCAGACAAUGCUGGGAGAGACUGGGACAGCACAAUGGUGAGCCUAUAGAGAGAAAAAAAAAAAGAAGGAAGGAUACGGAAGCUGAGAGUAGCCCCUGGAGGGGAGAGAGAGAGUACCGUGGGGUAACUUCCAGGGGGUGAACACUACAAUGAGUAAGGCCAAUGUAAGGCCUACAAAAGGACAGUAUACCAUCCAAAUUGGGACUAAGAUCAGAUAAGGGCCAAAAGCCCAGCUAUGGCAAGUUGCUUUUGCUUUAGCCUUGGCCAAAAACUAACAUCAUCACUGGUUGGCACAAAACGGGGUGUAGGGGAGGCAGAGCCCCGAGAUGAAGGCCUAAGUGAGUGACCAAAGAGAAACCCAGGAGUAGCUGGAUUAUUGAACUUCUUCCCAGCAGUAAUCCAUACCAACAAAGACAUGGCAGGAGAGAACCCCUGGGGAUCCUUUUAGGAAACUUCACUGAAAGGUAAGCUGUUGACCUGAAAGGAGACAGCUGCAUCUGAGCGGCCCAAAAAGGCAAAGCGUUCUAGUGAAUGUCAUGGGUGAUUACAGGGGUGUAGGUUGUAGCCGUGUUGGUCUAAGGACAUAGGCAGACAAGGUGCC